CGUCAUGUGAGCCCAAGAUGGCGGCGGGGCCGCGGCGGCGGUGAGGGGGGAGCGGGGCCGGGGCUGCCCGGGCGGCCUCGGCGGCUCCGGAGCCGGGCCCGGGCGCUAUGAUCGGCGCCCCCGACGUGGUGGCGUUGGCGAGGCAGGAGGAGGAGGAGGCGGCGGCGGCGGGCGACGAGGCGUGGAGGGAGCCGCCGCUGCCCGAGGAGUACUCGGUGCCCCUGGCGCCCUUCGGCGGGCACGGCGCCAACCCCUGGGCCAGGGCGGGGGGCUCCAAGUUCCUGCGGGACUUCAUCCUCAUCGCCGAGUUCUCGGAGCAGGUGGGGCCGCAGCCGCUGCUCACCGUCCCCGAUGACGCCAAGGUGCCGGGCAGCUUCGACCUCAAUUACUUCUCGCUGCGCAUCAUGUCGGUGGACUACCAGGCGUCCUUCGUGGGCCACCCGCCGGGCUGCGCCUACCCCAAGCUGAACUUCGUGGAGGACUCCAAGGUGGUGCUGGGCGACUCGAAGGAGGGCGCCUUCGCCUACGUGCACCACCUGACGCUCUACGACCUGGAGGCCCGCGGCUUCGUCCGGCCCUUCUGCAUGGCCUACAUCUCCGCCGACGAGCACAAGAUCAUGCAGCAGUUCCAGGAGCUCUCGGCCGAGUUCUCCAAAGCCUCCGAGUGCCUCAAGACGGGGAACAGGAAGGCUUUCGCCAGCGAGCUGGAGAAGAAGCUGAAGGACCUCGAUUACACCAGGAGCGUGCUGCACAACGAGACCGAGAUACAGAAGAAAGCCAACGACAAAGGGUACUACACCACCCAAGCCAUCGAAAAGGCCAACGAGCUGGCCAGCGUGGAGAAGUCCAUCAUCGAGCACCAAGACCUGCUGAAGCAGAUCCGGUCCUACCCCUACAGGAAGCUGAAGGACUCCGACUUCCACCCCUACGAGCCCGAGUGCGCCCCGGACCAGGCCAGCGUGGGCAGCGAUCAGGACCUGGCUGCCUCCGACCUCGCCGAGCCGGGCGAGCCCAUCCCCUACUCCCACGUGCCCUCCUACACCCCCAAACUCAUCAAAGCCAAGUCGGCCAAGUGCUUCGACAAGAAGCUGAAAACGCUGGAGGAGCUCUGCGAUAUUUAUUUUUUCACCCAGACCCUGGACCAGCUGCAUCAGAUCGAGAGGACGUUCAGGGGCGACGUGUGCUACCUCCUGACAAACCAGAUCAGCCGGGCGCUGCUGAAGCAGCAAAGCGUGACCAACUUCCUCUUUGAAGACGCGUCUCUGCUAGAUGAAAAAGCACCUGAAAAGCGGGACCGAGGCUGCCAGGAACUCGGUCAGGAUGCCGUCGACGGAAAGGGCUCGGGGGAGUCCCCCGCCCCCAAAGUGGUCAUCAGCCUGGGGUCCUACAAGUCCAGCGUGGAGUGCGUGCCCAUCAAGAUGGAGCAGGACAUCGACGACCCUCCGGAGCCCGCGAUGACCGAGCCCGUGACUUUUGAGCACCAGGAGAACCUGGACUAUCUCGAUGCCGACAUUAAAGGCAGCAUCAGCAGCGGUGAGAGCAUCGAGGUUCUCGGAACCGAGAGAUCUGCCUCGGGGCUGACCAAAUCGGAGAGCCAGGCCAGCCUGCCCAUCAGCCCCAGCCCCCAGGUGGGCAGGAGCAAGGUGGGCAGCAGGAGGACCGUCAGCGAGGACAGCAUCGAGGUCCUCAGCACCUGCCCCUCCGAGGCGCUCAUCCCGGAAGACUUCAAAGCGAGCUACCCAAGUGCCAUUAACGAGGAACCUUACGCUGACGAUGAGGAGGGAGGCCUUCGCUUCGCCCCCAGGUUAAACCCAGACGACGCCGACGAGCGGGAGGACGGCUCCAACCCGGAAAACCCGGCGCGGGUCGAUUCUGCCUGCUGCAUCGGCAAGGAGAGCCCCCGCUUCCUCGAGCCCCUGCCCAGCCUGGCCCACAAGCUGUGCGACGAGGACGGGGUGGUGCGGAUCCCCCCGCAGCCCUCCCGGCAAGCCGAGCCCGAGGGCGGGCCGGGAGGGCUCCUACCCCACGAACUCGACUCGCGCUACCCGACGGGCGGCCGGGAGCUCAGCGGGACCAGCCUGGACGAGUGCUCGGACUCGGCGAGCUACAUCAGCAGCGCCGCCUCCACCUGCUCCGACCGCACGCCGUCUCCCGCUCACCCCCCGUGCCCGGCGAGCGAGAGGCACAAAAAAAAGGCCGGGCAGAACGCGCUGCGCUUCAUCAGGCAGUACCCCUUCGCCCACCCCGCCAUCUACUCCCUGCUCAGCGGGAGGACCCUGAUCGUGCUGGGCGAGGACGAGGCGAUGGUGAAGAAGCUGGUGACCGCCCUCUCCAUCUUCGUGCCCGGCUGCGGCGUUCACGCCAAGCCCGUGAAGCACUGGGUCGCGGCCCCGCUGCACGUGGUGGAUUUCCAGAAGUGGAAGCUGAUCGGGCUCCAGAGGACCGCGUCCCCCGCGGGGGUGAACGUGCUGCACGCCCUGAGCCGCUACAGCCGCUACGUGAGCAUCCUGGACGCCGACAGCAAGACCCUGCGCUGCCCCCUCUACAAAGGCGCCGUGGUGGCCCGGCUGGCCGACCACCGCACCCAGAUCAAGCGAGGCAGCACCUACUACAUGCACGUCCAGAGCGUCCUCACCCAGCUGUGCUCCAAAGCCUUCCUCUUCACCUUCUGCCACCACCUGCACCUUCCCAUCGCUGAAAGGGAGCCGGAGGAAGCCGUCGCGAGCCGCAGGGUGAACUUCCUGAAGCACCACCUGGGCCUCGCCAACGAGGAUAUCAAAAUCGUGCAGUAUUUAGCCGAGCUGCUGAAGCUGCGCUACAUUCAGGAACCCGGCCGGGGGGGGAACCCCCUGCUCAGAUUUGACUAUGUUCCCAGCUUUUUGUACAAAAUCUAGCCUCUCGCGGGCCGGCCGCCCGCACACUCGGGUCCUGGCGCCGAUCGCGCGUGCUUGACGUUGAUGCCAGCCCGUCAGGGAGGGGCGGA